AUGGCGCUAGUUUUCGACAAGAAGAGUGUCGACGACGACCGCAAGGCCUCGCCUUCGCGCGCCGUGGCCGACGACAAGAAUGUCCUCGACACCUCGGCCAACUAUGGUGCGGGCUACGACUCGGAAGCCGUCCGCGCUCACGGCGACCGUCCCAUGCGCCGCAUCUGCGAGCCCAUCAUCAAGCCCGUCAUCCCCACCAGCGGCUCCGACUCGGACAGCACCGUGAGCGUGGGCAAGCAGAUCGCUCUGGAGGAAUCCAAUGCGAUCAAGUACCGCACGUGCAGCUGGCCCAAAACUGCAGCCUUGCUCUUCUCCGAGUACAUUUGCCUGGCUAUCAUGUCCUUCCCCUGGUCGUAUUCAGUCUUGGGUCUCGUACCGGGUCUGAUUCUGACCGUCGUGAUAGCCGGUCUCGUGCUGUAUACGUCCCUGAUUACUUGGGAGUUCUGCCUUCGCCAUCCUGAGGUCAAGGAUGUAUGCGACAUUGGGCAGAUGUUGUUCUUCAACCAUAAAUGGGCAUGGUGGUUCACGGCUGUGAUGUUCCUCCUGAACAACACCUUCAUUCAGGGUCUCCAUUGUCUUGUUGGUGCGAAAUAUCUGAACACAAUGACAAACCACAGCAUGUGCACCAUUGGAUUUUCCGCUAUUGUCGCCGUCAUCUCUUGGGUUUGCUCACUCCCCAGGACUUUUUCGACCCUUGCAAAGUUGGCCACAGCUUCCGCAUUUUUUACCUUCAUCUCCGUCCUCCUGGCAACCAUCUUUUCCGCGAUUGAACCCCACCCUGCCGGCUACCCCUCCUUGGGUGAGCCUAUCGUUUUGGCGAUUCCAGCAGCAGGUACGACAUUUGUAGCUGGCAUGAACGCAUUCAUGAACAUCAGCUAUACGUUCAUCGGCCAGAUUACCCUUCCGUCAUUCAUCGCGGAGAUGAAGAAUCCCAGGGAUUUCCCCAAGGCGCUCUGGGCUGUCACAAUCGCCGAGGUCAUCGUUUUCAGCCUGGUCGGCUCCAUCGUCUACGCCUACACUGGCACAAAUUACAUCACGGCUCCGGCGUUUGGUUCCAUCAGCAACGAGGUCUACAAGAAAGUCAGCUUUAGCUUCAUGAUUCCGACUAUUAUUUUCCUGGGAGUCCUUUAUGCUUCGGUCUCGGCACGUUUCGUCUUCUUCCGCCUAUACUCCGGUACGCGUCACAUGGGCGACCACACGGUCGUCGGCUGGGUGUCCUGGGGCCUUAUCCUCGCGGCUCUGUGGAUUGUGGCCUUCAUUAUCGCUGAAGUGAUUCCGUUCUUCUCAGACUUGCUCAGCUUGAUGAGUUCUCUCUUCGAUUCGUUCUUCGGCUUCAUUUUUUGGGGUGUCGCCUACAUCCGGAUGCGCAAAGCAGACUAUGGACCUGAUUUCUACAAGAUCCGCGGCUGGAGAGGUCCAGUCGGCUUCGUGUUCAAUGUCAUCCUCUGCGCGAUCGGCCUGCUAUUCCUUAGCGGCGGAACGUACGCAGUCGUCAAGAGCAUCAUCGAAGGUUACGAAGCGAACAAUUUCGGCGGCGCGUUUUCGUGCGCAACGAACGGUUUGUGA